AUGCUCCUCACUAUCAUUUCUAAUGGUACAAGUCGUGAUGUAGCUGUUGCAGUGCAAAAGAGUGGGUUUGCCCGGGCCUCAGACCGCGACAAUGGUGACAUAGUCUGGUUCAAUCUAGCAGGACCAGGUGGCAAGACAGGAGGAGGGCAAUGGGGUGCAGCCACAGAUGGGAGGAGGGUUUACACCAAUAUUGCUAACAGCGACCACCAAAGCUUCAUGCUCACACCAUCUAACCGAACAACAACAGCAGGAGCAUGGGUAGCUUUGGAUGCAAAUACAGGAGAAAUCGUGUGGUCAACGGCAAACCCCAGCAAUGACACUACCCAGGGGCCUGUUACGGUGGCCAAUGGCGUCCUUUUUGCUGGGUCGGUAGCCUCUAAUGGGCCUAUAUACGCCAUCGACACUGGCACAGGGAAUAUAUUGUGGACAUACAACAUUCGUGCUACAGUAUACGGUGGUAUAUCGGCCCGCUAUGGGUGCAUUUACGUGGGAAAUGAAUAUACAGUUAGCCUGGCAAGGUUCCACCCCACUUGGACCCCAGGAACUUCACUAUACGCAUUUUGCAUUGGCUAA